AUGGCGAUGCAGAUGUUUACUCUGGUCAUCGUCGUGACCACGGUUGCAUUGUUGAUCCGCACAGUCGUCGCUCGGUAUCAAUUUCAAAAGAAAUACAAACUACCGCCCAGCGUGCCAGGAUGGCCACUCAUUGGAAACAGCUUGGAUGUUCCGUUCCCGGCUGGGAUGUGGACAUACAAGAUGGCACAGAAAUACGGUGAAAUGUUCACAUGCAAUCUCGGCGGAAAAACGAUCGUCUUUCUGAACUCAUCGCGCGUGGUCAACGACAUCAUGGAGAAGCGAGCUGCCAUCACAGCCUCCCGUCCAUAUCGGCCCAUGACAGCAGAGAUCAUGUCGGGUGGCAGACGCAUGCUGCUUAUGAGUUACACGGACAGAUGGAGAAAUCAGCGCAAGGUGAUGCAUUCACAAUUGAACGGCAAACAAGCAGAAACCAAAUUUGUGCCGUAUCAAGAGUUGGAGUCGAGGCACCUGGUCUGGGACUACUUGAACGCUCCUGAGAAGUUCUUCCUUGCGAAUCAGCGCUUCUCGAAUUCCGUCAUCGUCAGCGUCGUGUUUGGUAGACGAGCACGUCUCGAUGACAAGCAAUUGGCCAUCAUUUUGGGCCAGAUGGCCGAGUUCGGGAAAGCCUUGUUCAGUCCAACCGUUUCCAUUGCUGACUUGUUCCCGUGGCUGGCACGCCUGCCCAAGCCUUUGCAGUGGUGGAGGCCUUACGGCGAGCGUUACUUCAACGAAACUCUGGCUGUCUAUCAACGCGAACUUGACCUACUGGCGAGCAAGAUGGAAAAGGGUGUUGCAAAACCCUGCUUUGCGAUCGACAUGCUUAAUGAAGUGCAGAAAAAGGAAUUCGCUACGAUUGACGAAGCGGAGAAGCUCAUGGUUCUGAGCACUCUAUUUGAGGCUGGCAGCGACACGUCUCGAACGGUCAUUACACAACUUGUCGCGGCUGCGGCGGUUUAUCCACGUUGGGUCAAGAAGGCACAAGCUCUCCUGGAUGAAGUGUGCGGAUCAAACGCCGAGCGCCUGCCCACAUUCAACGAUAGGCAAAGCUUACCCUACAUAACGGCGGUUGUGAAAGAGGCACUGCGAUGGCGCCCUUUCCUUCAGAUGGGCGUGCCGCACAUGCUCUCGCAGGAUGAAGAGUACGAGGGGUACAGAUUCCCUGCUGGAACGCAAUUCACAUGGAAUGCCUACGCUCUCGCGUUAAACGAGGGCGACUACACGGACGCGCAUACGUUCAACCCGGAAAGGUUCAUGAAUGACGAACUGAACCAUCCUUUGAAAGGUCAUUGGUCUUUUGGCGCCGGUCGCCGAGUCUGCGUGGGCUACAAUGUCGGUGUUAAUAACGUGUGGAUAGCGGCUGCGUGUUUACUAUAUUGCUUUGACUUUGCGGAAGACCCGGAUCAUCCCAUCGAUAGAUACAACACAUUUUGGGAAAAGCACGACGAAGCUCCUUUCGCAGUCAAAAUUCGGCCGCGUAGCCAGGCACACGUAGACCUUAUCAAGCGAGAAAGUGCCGAGGUUUUGGAGAUGGACUACUAG